GUUCCGGAACUUUUGGGUCAUUAUCGGAACAGAAUUUAUUAUUUUCAAUAUGGCUGCGCCCAUGGUUUGAAGUCUGGGGACGUGAUUGCCUUGUUAUUGGGUCAGAUAUUUGCACAGAUCAGAUCAUGAGUGAAAGGAAAGGAAAGAAGCGUCCAAAGUCAUACUACAUAAAAUGUGCCAACAAGAAACCAAAGAGGGAUUCAUGGAAGCUGGAGGCUGGCAUGAAAGGUUUCCUGGUCACUUGUAACAACAAUGAGAAAGGAGCAGUCCGGGAUGCCUACAAUAUCCUGAACGAAUAUGCGGACAAGUUGUAUGGUCCUGAAAAGGAGUCAUCAGGCAGUAAGGAAGAUGAGGAUCUGUCAGAGGAGGAAGAGGAAGAAGAUAUUGAGAAGGCAAUGAAGAAGGAGGUGGAUGAAAUCAAGGAGUCGAAGCAUGAGUUGAGGAGAUUUCAAAACACUAAUACAAAGGCCAAGAACCUGAUCUUCAUUAGGACCACAAUUCCCGACCCUAGUCAGCUGGCGCAUUCUAUUUUGUCUGAUCUGUGGGAAACCAAAGUACAAAAAUCCAGGUUUGCUAUCCGUCUACUCCCUAUAGCAGGGACCUGCAGAGCAGAAGAGGAUGAGGUCAAAAAGCUGGGAAAGGAACUGUUUACACCGAUUUUUCAGACGCCAUUUGGGGAAGGUUACAAUUUCAGCAUAAUUGUGAAAAUCAGGAAUAACAAUGGCUUAGGCCGAGAUUCUGUCAUCCCAGCCUUGGCUGGUAUUAUCAAGGACCUGAACCCACUACACAGAGUAAAUCAUGACAAACCAGACUUUGUUGUGCUGGUGGAAGUCGCUCAGUCUGUGUGUUGUCUUGGAAUCGUGAAGGAUUUUUUCAAAUUCAAAAAGUAUAAUUUGCAAGAAGUAGUGAAGACAAACUCUGAAAAUGUAUCCAUUAAGCAAGGAAACUUAAACAGGGAGGAAAGCAGUUGUGCUGUCAGUAGUUAUGUUACUCCUGAAGAGGACGCAAAGUCAAACUUAUCUCAAGAGACUACUGAAGUUGAAGAAGUUAAAUGUGAGGAAACAAAGGAUGCCCAUAUUAGCGUAAUACCUGAUAAUGAUAUUGAGGAUGGGAACAAUUUAGUUGAAGGCAGUGCAAAAGAUGACCUACUGAUUCCAGAGUCUGAAAGUGAAAAGCAGGCUAAUGAGAAGGAUGGAAGUACAAGCACAUGUUGUGACAAAACAACAGGUGCUGUAUUGAAAGUAAAUGACUCCACUGAAAAUACCUGAGUGUGCUGAUUUUCAUUACAAACUAAAUAAAAGAUGACAUUAACACAUCAUUGCAAUUCAUAAGUCUUAAUGUCCAUUCCGCUUCUAUUUCAAAAAGACACUUAAAAUGUGCUUGCAAAAAACUGAAAGUCUACAGUAAAAUGAGUGAAUAAAAAAUAAUGAUAAAUUUCUAA